ACCGGUUGUAAGUUAAGCACGUCAGUCGCUAUUUAAUUGAAAGUCCGAACUCCGAACGCCUAAAACCCAGAAACAUAUAAAACCCCGUCACACAAUUCUCCAUUCCGCAGCUUCAAUGGCUGCCGUCUUCCGCCGCCUUGUGCCCCUCCGCUCCUCCUCCCUCCGCAUUUCGCGCGUUUCGACUCUUGGACAACGAGAAGGUUUUGGUGGAAGCAAUGUUUGUGGUUAUUCUGCAACUUCUUCUCCUGAUGAGAGUGUAUUGGAAAUUGAGAAGUUAGCCAAACAGGUUGUUGAAGAUAGAGACAGUCAAAUUUCAGAGGAUGAAAUUGCGAAAAUUAGUCGUGAAUUCCAUGCUGCUAAGGAGAGGUUUCUUAAAGUACCUGAAGCAUUGAGGCAAAUGCCUAAAAUGAAUCCUGAAGGAAUUUAUGUGAAUAAGAAUUUGAGAUUGGACAAUAUACAAGUCUACGGAUUUGAUUACGACUAUACUUUGGCUCAUUAUUCUGCUAACCUACAGUGUUUGAUCUACAACCUUGCUAAAGAGCACUUAGUCAAUGAGUUUAAGUACCCGGAAAGUUGCUUGGAUUUCAAAUAUGAUCAUACAUUUCCUAUCAGAGGGUUAUAUUAUGACAAGUCAAAAGGAUGUUUAAUGAAAUUGGACUUCUUUGGCUCUAUAGAACCGGAUGGUUGCUACUAUGGGAGGCAAAAGCUUAGCCAGGACGAGAUAGAACAAAUUUAUGGGAGUAGAUAUAUAGGCCGUGACCAAGCACGAAGACUGGUUUGCUUGAUGGAUUUUUUCUGCUUUAGUGAGGCAUGUCUUCUGGCUGAUAUUGUUCAACAUUUUGUUGAUGCAAAACUGGAAUUUGAUGCUGGUUACGUCUAUGAAGAUGUGAAUCGAGCGAUUCAACAUGUUCACAUAAGUGGUUUGGUUCAUAGGGGAAUCCUUAAUGAUCCCCAUCGAUAUCUUAUGAAGAAUGGACAACUAAUACGGUUUCUGAGGAUGUUGAAGGAGAAAGGGAAAAAACUUUUCUUGUUGACCAACUCCCCAUUUUAUUUUGUUGACGGUGGGAUGCGCUUCUUGUUGGAGGAAACAUUGGGUCCACAGGAUUCCUGGAGGGAGCUUUUUGAUGUUGUGAUUGCUAAAGCAAACAAACCAGACUUCUACACCUCUGAACAUCCAUUUCGCUGUUAUGAUGUGGAGAAGGACACACUGGCAUUCUCAAAGGUGGAUACAUUUCUUCCUGACAAAAUCUAUUACCAUGGAUGCUUGAAAAGUUUCUUGCAAAUUACACAAUGGAAAGGUCCAGAGGUUAUAUACUUUGGGGAUCAUCUGUUUAGUGACCUGAGCGGGCCUUCAAAGGCUGGAUGGCAUACUGCUGCAAUAAUCCGUGAAUUGGCGAAUGAGAUAAAGAUACAGAAUGAUGAUAACUACAGAUUUGAACAGGCCAAAUUUCAUAUAAUACAAGAACUUCUUGGUAAGCUGCAUGCCACCGUUGCCAACAAUCGCCGAAGUGAAGCUUAUGAAGCACUUGUUGUAGAGCUAAAUGAAGAGAGGCAGAAGGCACGCCAAAGGAUGAAGAGCAUGUUCAAUCGCACAUUUGGUGCUACUUUUCUCAAUGAUUCUAGUCAAGAAUCUGCAUUUGCGUACCAUAUACACCAGUACGCCGAUGUUUAUACCAGCAGGCCAGAGAACUUUUUGUUCUAUCCACCAGAUGCAUGGCUUCAUGUACCAUAUGACAUUAAGAUCAUGCCGCAUCAUGUGAAGGUUUCAUCAAGCUUGCUCAGGAAUUGAUUGGUAGAUACGCAAACUCCAGGGUAUAAGCAAAAGGGAGCACCAAAUAGCCACUCCAUUGUACCUUUACCUACACACAAAAGUGUAGAAAGUCUCAAUACUGCCAGCUCAUAAAGCUUCUCAUGGUUUUCUUUCAUACAUUUGAGCAAGCCGCCCGGAGUUUAAUAAAACAUGUAAGUAAAUAUAAACUAAACUUGUCACAUGUUAGUAGUCCAGUUUGUUCUACUGUUUUAGUUCAACAAAGUGGAUUAUUACAAUCACAGUACAGCAAACUGGACUAUUAAAAUGGGACGGAGGGAGUAAUGAUAAUUGGCCGACAUAGUUAUUAUUUGUUCAAAAAUUGAUAGUAUAAUUGGAGUUGAUGUACGAAUAGGUAUCUCAAUGAAGCAAAAUCUCAAGCUAGCAGCAGUUUUCGUGAAGGUUGUCGAAAGAAACAUCUCUGCUUUCAUAACUGUGGCUCUGAGAAGCAGUUGAAGCGACAUCUGAACAUCUGUUCAUAGAUGUAUGAUUAUUUCACGUAAUUCUUUAUUCCUUCAUACCACUCAUAUGUUAUAGCAGUCUUAUCUGCGAAAAUUGUUAUUCAUGAGCUCGGAAUAAUGGUAAUUGCCAUGUAUAAAGUUGCAUAAAACACAACUUUUAUUCGAUAUAAUACUUCUAUAUUUUACUAAAUUGCAACGUGCUUUGUUCCCGCUUUAUAUGGAUUUUGUUCAUUGGUCAUCCUUUAUCUGUCUUUUUGAAGCUUGGCAGGGGGUGUCUUGACUUUGAUGCUACAAGAAAGUCAGAAAUUAUUGGCCCUUAACUGUUGUGUUGUAGUUGUUGCCUGUGGCAAUUUAAAAGUUCGCAGAGUGAGUUUCUGAUCAGGAUAUGUCGAAACAAAUGUGUCUGAUUAUAUUCUUUGUGGGUACCAUGAUUAGUAAGCUAUCGAUUGAACUUUGCCUGAAUUCUGAUGUCUCCAGGUUCAAGUGUACCUUAAGCUUUGUGGCCUUUCAGAAGAAUAUUGUUUUUCCCACUUUCUUAGUGAUUAAAUUGUAGGUGGUAGAGCUCUGCUACAAGGAAUCUUUAUUUAAAAAUUAGUAGUUGCCGGAAGUUCUAAUAUAUAUAUAUAUAUAUAUAAUAUAUAUAUAUAUAUAUAUAUAUA